ACUUAUCAGGGCCGAUAAACGCUAUCUGGGAGUCAACAAGAAUGGGCCAUUAGAGGUAUUGCUAGGGCAGGUGCCGUUCACUCAGUCGUUCGGCAAACCGACACCACAGCGGUACAGUCACCAUCGAAGUAGACGAAAUGACAGAUCACCUUUGGGAGCAGUUCAGCAAUGGGGAGGUGCCGGCGAAUGCCAUCGUAGCUGGCCAUGAUUCCGAUGGCGAUACCAUCUACGUGGGCCGUGUGAGCUACAACAAUGAUUUGCUGCCAGCCAAAAUAAUUCCGAAAAAGGGCAAGGCGUAUGUGGCCUAUGCCUGCGAGGAAGUGGAACUGGACAGCUAUGAGGCGCUCACCGGCUUCCAUUAUCAGUGGCUGCCCGGCUCGAAUGGCAGCGUGCCGCUGGGAGCUGUAAAGGUGGGUCGAAAUGUGGAUGGGGAGUAUCUGUAUGCGGGCCGUGGCUAUUAUGCGGGCAGUCUGACCGUCGGAAAGGUGCACCCAUCGCAUGGCUGCCUCUACAUCCCAUUCGGCUCCGAGGAGGUUAAGAUCUUUCAGUACGAGGUGCUGUCACAGCCAGAGUCCUGGCUGCAGGCGAACGCAUCUUCUAUGCCCGAGGGUGCUCUGGUGGCCGGCCACGAUUCCGAUGGUGAUACCAUCUAUGUGGGCCGCAUCGAACGCAAUGGCGACUUUCUGCCCGUGAAGGUGGUGCCGGCCAAGCAGACAGCCUAUGUGGCCUACGGAUCGCUCGAGCACGAGAUCACCGAUGUCGAGGUGCUUGUCGGUGCCGGCUAUAAAUGGGUGCCCGCCUCCAAUGGCAAUGUGGUGCCCAAUGCCGUCUCCACCGGCAGCAAUGUCGAUGGCGAGCGCCUCUACGUGGGUCGGGCCAACUACUGCGACAGUCUCAGUGUCGGAAAAAUUCAUCCAUCUCACGGCUGUAUUUACAUUCCCUUCGGCGGCGAGGAGGUCAAGCUGGAGGAAUACGAAGUUCUGGUGCACCUAUAGACUCUAUUUACCGAUUGAUUGUUGAAGGAACACCCUCCUCCACCCCUCCACUAUACUUAUAUUUUUUUUAUAAUUUUGAAAAAAAAUUUUUUUAAUAAAUUAACCAUUUUUUAUGCAAUUUAUGCCUAUAA